AGCCCCCCAAUGCAGCGGGGGGGACCCCGAGCCCCCCGGGAGCAGAUCCCAGCCCCCCAAAGUAGCGGGGGGGCGGCACCGGCCCCAGCGGGGGGGACCCCGAGCCCCCCGGGAGCAGAUCCCAGCCCCCCAAUGCAGCGGGGGGGCGGCACCGGCCCCAGCGGGGGGGACCCCGAGCCCCCCGGGAGCAGAUCCCAGCCCCCCAAUGCAGCGGGGGGGGGGCACCGGCCCCAGCGGGGGGGACCCCGAGCCCCCCGGGAGCAGAUCCCAGCCCCCCAAUGCAGCGGGGGGGGCACCGGCCCCAGCGGGGGGGACCCCGAGCCCCCCGGGAGCAGAUCCCCCAGGCGCGGCGCGGAGGGACGCGGGGCGGGCCCGGCUGCGGGAGGCGGCGCUUCCCGGCGGCUGCGGCCUGCGAGGCCCGAGCGGCACUGGAGAGAUCAGCCUUGAGUGGGACCCCCAAACCCGUUCACCCACCACGGAGUGGCCAGUUGGGGUGAGGCCCCCGCAGAGAUUCAGCUGUUUCCUGCCUCCAGCCCUGUCCGGAUUUCCAACCCCCUGACCCCCGUGGGUUGCCCAGAUCCAGAUUCCCAUCCCCUGCCUCUGCCGAGAAGUGGGAGGUCUUCGCCGGGGGUGACCCAAGGGGGCAGAGAUGCCAUCGUCGGAGAAGGAGCGCAGGGCCAAGAGGCGAAGCAGAGACCCCUCCCCGUCCCGGGGGCAGCAGGGCGGCUGCUGGGACUGGAGCUGCCCCGAGAUGCGGCGCCGGCUGGAGGAGCUGUAUUUCCGGGAGCAGGAUUACAUCCGGGCGGGCUCUGAAGACAGCCGCCAGUUCUGGGCCUUCUUCGGCCGGCUCCAGCGCUUCCAGACCCUGAAGGCGAAGGGGGAGCCGGCGGUGUGGGCUCCCCCGGCCCGGGCUGACCCCUCUGCCGCCCCUGGGCUGGCUGGCCUCCCACGGGAGUACGACCCGUGCUACCGGAUCAACCUGUCGGUGCUGAGCGGGGACGUGGAGGGGCUGGCGCGGGGCAGGAGGGGGGGUCCGCGGCAGGGCCCAGGGGUGCCGGCCGAGCAGCGCUCCCAGUUCCGCGCCGCCCUGCUGCAUUACCUGGACUUCGCCCAGAAGCAGAGCUUUGCCAAGCUGGCCAAGCUGCAGCGGGAGCGGGCGGCCCUGCCCAUUGCUCAGUACCGCGACCGGCUGCUGCGGGCUGUGGCCCAGAACCAGGUGGUGGUGGUAGCCGGCGACACGGGCUGUGGCAAGUCCACACAGGUCCCCCAGUACCUGCUAGCGGCUGGGUACAGUCACGUGGCCUGCACCCAGCCACGUCGCAUCGCCUGCAUCUCGCUGGCCAAGCGGGUGGGCUUUGAGAGCCUGCACCAGUAUGGGGCUGAGGUGGGAUACCAGAUCCGCUUCGAGAGCACCCGCUCCCCGGCCACCAAGAUCGUCUUCCUGACGGAGGGGCUGCUGCUGCGGCAGGUGCAGCGCGAGCCGGCGCUGCCCGGGUACCAGGUGCUGAUUGCCGACGAGGUGCACGAGCGGCAUCUGCAUAGCGACUUCCUUCUGGGCGUGCUGCGCCGCCUGCUGCCCGCCCGCCCCGACCUCAAGCUGGUGCUCAUGUCGGCCACCAUCAACAUCCGCCUCUUUGCGGGGUACUUCGGGGGUGCCCCCGUGGUGCAGGUGCCCGGCCGGCUCUUCCCCAUCACGGUCGUCUACCAGCCCAUCCCCCAGGAGGAGGCUCUGGCAGCGAGCGGGAAGCCGGAGCGGCUGGACCCCCGGCCCUACCUGCGGGUGCUGCAGGCCAUCGACCACAAGUACCCGCCCGAGGAGCGGGGCGACCUGCUCGUCUUCCUGAGCGGGGUGGCGGAGAUCAGCGCCGUGCUGGAGGUGGCCCAGGCCUAUGCCACCCACACCCAGCGCUGGGUGGUGCUGCCCUUGCACAGCACCCUCUCCAUUGCCGAGCAGGACAAGGUGUUUGACAUGCCCCCCCCAGGAGUCCGGAAAUGCAUCGUCUCCACCAACAUCGCCGAGACCUCGGUCACCAUCGAUGGGGUGCGCUUUGUGCUGGACUCUGGGAAGGUGAAGGAACUCAGCUACGACCCCCAGGCCAAGCUGCAGCGGCUGCAGGAGUUCUGGAUCAGCCGGGCCAGCGCCGAGCAGCGGAAGGGGCGCGCGGGCCGGACGGGCCCCGGGGUCUGCUACCGGCUCUACGCUGAAUCUGACUACGACGCCUUCGCUCCCUACCCGGUGCCGGAGAUCCAGCGCGUGGCGCUCGACGCCCUGGUGCUGCAGAUGAAGAGCAUGGGGCUGGGUGACCCCCGGACCUUCCCCUUCCUGGAGCCGCCCCCCCAGUCCAGCCUGGAGACAGCCGUGCGCUACUUGAGGGAGCAGGGGGCGCUGGACAGGGCCGAGAGCUUGACGCCCAUCGGGAGCCUGCUGGCCCAGCUGCCCGUGGACGUGGUGAUCGGGAAGAUGCUGGUUCUGGGUGCGCUCUUCGGGCUGGCUGAGCCGGUGCUCACCAUGGCGGCAGCGCUGAGCGUGCAGUCCCCAUUCCUGCGCCCCACACGCACCAACCCCGACUGUGCCACGGCCCGCCGGCCCCUCGAGAGCCCCCACGGCGACCCGCUGACACUGCUCAAUACCUUCAACGAGUGGGUGCAGGUGAAGUCGGAGCGGGCUGGCAGCUCCCGGAAAUGGUGCCGGCUCCGGGGGCUGGAGGAGCACCGGCUCUACGAGGCGGCCAACCUGCGGCACCAGUUCCAGGCGCUGCUCCGGGACCACGGUCUGCUGGAGCCUGUGCAGGGGCCCAGGGACAGCUACGCCCGGCAGAGCCGACACCGGGAGCGCCGGGAGCUGCACCGGCUGCGGCAGCGGCAUGAGGAGACGGGGGGGCGGACGCGCAAGGUGCUGAGGCUGCAGGAAGGGGAGGCCGGCUCCUCCAGCGACGAGGGAGCCAGCGGGACCGGGCCGUCAGGCGUCGAUAUCCAGGACGUCAAGUUCAAGCUACGGCACAACGUGGACGAGCUCCAGGCUGCGUCCGGCACGGCCCUGUCCUCCCACCAGUUUGCCCUGCUCAAGCUGGUGCUGUGCAGGGGUCUCUACCCCCAGCUGGCCGUGCCCGAUCAGUACAACAGCUGCCGCAAGGACUCUGACCAGAUUUUUCACACCAAGAACAAGCAGGGGAUUGUCCUGCACCCGACCUGCGUCUUUGCCAGCAGCCCAGAGCUGCUGCAGGCCACAGAGGAGAAGGCAGAGCCCGGGAGGAGCAGAGGUUCCCAGGAGGGGCUGAGCAGCCGGCACCAGCUCCUGGCCUUCGUCUCGCUGCUGGAGACCAACAAGCCCUACUUGGUGAACUGCCUGCGGGCGCCGGCCCUGCAGGCUCUCCUACUGUUCUCCCGUGCCCUGGACACCAGCGCGGACUGCACGCGGCUGGUGGCAGACUCCUGGCUGGAGCUGUGCGUGCCGGACAGCGGGGCGGCCCUGCGGCUGCUCUCCACAGCCCUGCAGCUCCGCGCCGCCUGGGAGGGGCUCCUGAACCGGCAGCUGGAGGGGAGGCGCGGGGAGCCAGGGCACAGGCCGGACCCUCGGGAGGUGGCGACGCUGAGGCAGGGGCUGCUGGAGUUCCUGCAGCAGAAGGUGCAGUACAGCCUGCGCCGGCUGACGGCGCUGGAGAAGCAGAACUGCUACGUGGGGCCCCAGACGGUGGCGGCUGCACCGGGGCUCCCGGGGCUCUUCCAGGGGGCAGAGAUGACGCCCGACGAGGAGAAGGGCGGCUACAGGGUGGCUGAGUUCCUGACCUACAACUGCCUCGCGCUCCCCUGGAAGAGGCCGCUGAGAGUUCAGCCAAAGCAACUGCUCUGCAGAGACCUUAUCACUGCGAUGCCUGCGAGCGGGACUUCUUGUUCACGUCCACGGAGAUCCUGCGGCACAGAAAGCAACACCAGUGACGGCCAGGGUUGUGUGUCUGGGCCUAGCCCUGACGGGGGCCUAGUGGUCAGAGCAGGGAGCUGGGUGUCAGGACUCCUGGGUUCUCUCCCCAGCUCUGGGAGGGCACAUGGUCCUGCUCCUACAAAGCGCAUGGCAGCGCAUCCUGGCCGCGCUGGCCGGACUCACGGUGCGGGGUCAGGGUGGGAGCUGAGUCCUGCAGCGGUCGCUCCCUCGCUGACUCCCAGGUUAGUUUGUUACGAGUCGGGUUGGCGGGUUCGUUACGGGGCAGGCCUGUUCGUUACCCCCUGCCUGUGGGUCUGUCAGGGCAUUGCUCCGGUGCCGGUUGGACUGGGCCGCUCUGGUGGGGCCAGAGGCACUGCUCCCCCUGGCGGGGACACGUGUCGGGUGUUUGUACAUGUGAAUAAAUGUCCCUUGGUUGAGGAGCGCAGCCCGCGAAUGGGGGGCCCAGGCUGUCCAGGGGAGGCUCUCUGGUACACAGUGGGCUGGAGGGGGUGGCACAAUGGCUCCUUCUGGCCCAGCAUCUCUGGGUCUGAUGGCCCCGGAUGGGGAAACUCAACAGUGCUAACAGCUGCUUUGCCCUGUGCGGCGGGGGCUGGAACCCUCGCGUGGGCCAUGGGGCAGCCCAUACCUGAGCCCUGGUGGCUCAGUGCAGCUCAGCGCCCUGCAGCCCCCCGGGACACCCCCGUUCUGCGCCUGGUCUCUGCAGCAGCAUUGGAAUAGAUCCACGCAGGGCAAGCCUGCGUCUGCCCGGCUGGGAGCGGGAGUGGCAGCGGGCGAGGGCCUGGGAGAGAGCUGGGGCCGGGUGGUGCAAUGGGAUGCGUGGCAGGAAGUCAGCAAGGCUUAGCCGGAGCUUGGGGGUUGGGCGCUGGGAGAGGCCGAGAUGGUGCCCCGGUGACAGGCUGAGCAAUGAGAGUGAGGACGUGUGCAUGCGGGUAUCUCCGUGGGAUAGGCGUGUCCACAUGGGCAGCGUGCGUGCACACUGUCCAUCUGAGAUUGGAGUGUGGACGUGCCAGGAGACGGAGGUGCAGCCCAGCGAGUCGCCGGCUGGGAGGGCUGGCUUCUCUGGGCUCAGCUCUGCUAGAGAUGCUGCCUGGACUUUGCGUGGCCACGGGGUGGCAGCCUCACUCUGUGUUUGCAGGAUUUGCUGGCGUGCUCCCAGCUCCUGCUCUGAGCUGUCCACGCAGGGUGGAGAGACGGGGACCUCCUGUGUUUGUCAGGCUCCUCAUUAGCAAUGGGUCACCUGUUAUGUAUUACAUAGAGGCCCCAUCGUGCCGGGUGCCUCCCAGACACUGACCGCGAUCAGGGCCGCGCAGACGUAGAGCAAGAGACAGCCCCUCCCCUGAAGAGCCCACAGUCCCAACAGCCCUGCAGAAUGCACCAGCCCGGAGGACACAUGGCGCCCGGCGAAUCCUGUCCUGUUGGCUCUGGAGGCCUGGGCUCCGGGGCUUGGGGCACCCUGCUCUCCUCUACAUCACUCCCAAGCCAGCUGCUCAGGAGCUUCUCGGGCUGGCCGGCUCGCCAGGGAGGCUGUGGUUCCUAGGAAUUGGGGUCUGAGAGGCAGAUCCCCUCCCGCACCUCCAGCCAUGAAAACAACCCCACCAAUUGGUGGGAUGGCCUUGAGUCUAAGCAGCCCCCCCCCCUUUCCCUGCUCUCCCCUCAGCCCCGUCUCGCUUGCCCUGUCCAUUGCGGGUUGAGAGUGUUGCAUUGUAUAGCACUGGGGCAGAGAGCACAGAGCGCCCCAGGGUGGGCAGGGCAAAAGGGUGUCAUAAAGGACACCUCAGAUCUAGGGCCACAUUUCACACUGGUACCCUUGGGCAGAGAACACAAGCAGGGUCUAUUGGGUCAGGGGGGCUGGGAGCCAGGAUUCCUGGGUUCUAUCCCUACUCUGGGAGGGGAGUGGUACCUAGUGGUUUGCGGGGCGGGGCUGGGAGCCAGGACUCCUGGAUUCUAUCCCCGGCCCUGGGAGGGGAGUGGGGUCUUUGGAUUAGAGCAGGGGGGGUGGGAGCCAGGACUCCUGGGUUCUGUCCCCAGCUCUGGGCAGGGCAUGGGGUGUAGUGGUUAGAGCAGGGGCUAGACCUUGCUCCCAAAGCUAAUCGGAAUUAAUGUGCCCCUUUCUGUAACCCGCCCUAGCAGGUGUUGGUCUGCAGCCCUGUGUCAUGGCGGGUUCACACUGGAGGUUUAUAUCCCUCUGCUGGCUGGGGAGACUGGGGCUAGUCCUUCAGCUCCUGUGGUUGGGGCUGCUGGAUGUCCCUGUGCCUCACAGGUCUCCGGGGAGAUGCCUACCAGGGGAGGUGUGUAUUAGGGGGCAGCCGGCCCCAAUGCCUCAGGGUCACAAUGGGGAGAUGAUCUCUCACACCCUCCAUCUUGUCUCCUCUCCCCAGUGCCAAAUUCAGCCAAACUUUUAGGCAUUCAAGUGUUAUUGAAUUGCUGAAGCUGUUUGAAACAGCCUAUCCCCUCAUGGGCAGCAAGAGACCCUACCAUAAACAAUCACGUAAAUAAGGCAACCCAUGUAACAAGCACACCCCACUUCAAGAAAAAUGGCCCUCUUUAAAUGCAGAGGAUUCCCCUGGUCAGAGCCGGGUCCCAAACAUCCUGGGGGCUUGUCUCUCUUCUUGUGAGUGAAGCUGCCGCAUAAGAACAGAGAUCAAAUGAAUCCGGUGAUCGAUCUGUAAUUGUGUCACAUCCUGGCCUGUGCUGGGGAAUUAAUUGGACUGUCGAGGUUAAUGGAAUGUCAGUUAAUUCCUUAGCGCAGGGCUGCCAGAGCUGCCUGGUAAACGCUUAUUGAUUUCGACACGAUUAAAGAUAAACUGAGCACAGGCCAGUCUGGGUGGCGUCAAUGCCACAAUGACAUGGAGGAGGAAUUGGAGGAGCAAAUACUGGCUGGCGUCGGUGCCCCUGAGUGCAUAAGUGGCAUCUACAGGCGUUUCAAAGCGUGGUGCACAGACAGACAGUCUCUGCCCCGGAGAGCGCCCCACCAAAACCACAAGACAGAACCCGUGUCUCUUCCACAGCCGAGGCCCGAGAGACUGGUGCAGCAUUUUCCAAUGAGCGCAGUGCCCUUUCAAGUGCCCAUGUUGUCCAGAGGUCUCAGCAUGCUGCUGCUUUUGGGGGAAACGGGCCCAUGGUUCAGUACCUGAAGGGGAGAGGGGCUCUUCUGACCAGCUGCCCCAAAGUGGCUGCCCUGGGUCACACAGCAGGGUAGUUGCCAAGCAGGGAUUUGAAGCUGGGUCUCCUGAGAUGCCAUCCAGUGUUGUGUGCCCAGCCACCCCCCCAUCGUGCCUCUGGGUGCGUUAUAAAUACAGCGACAGCUUGGGCAGCCAGCUGCCUGUCUGCGGAGACAGGAUGUCAGAUCCGACAUGGCUCACUCCCUCUGGGAUGGCAGCUCCUGGUUUGCGAAGCCAGCAGCUCCUCUGCGCCAGGCGGGGCAGGUAGCAUUGGAGGGCUGUAAAGCGGGGCUGGGCUCCUCAUAACUGGGUAUCUGCAUAACUGGGUAUCUACAAAUUGAGGCUGGAGCCAGAUGCAGGCCUCCCAGGCUGCUCUCGGACGGGUGUAAAUCCGGCGUGAGGCUGCUGAAGCCGGGGGGCACGCCAUGGCCAUAUGGACAGGAGCACACCCCCCCCCGACAGCUGCCCUACCCCGCUGCAAUCGUUCUGUCCCCGGGGGGAAGCGAGGGGUUCCGUGCAGACCGCCGGCCCGGGAGGGGGCAGGACAGGCAGCCAUGCAGGGGUGGGUUGGUUGUCUCACAGCCAGAGGGGACAUCCACGCUGUGGCUGAGCUGCGAUAAAUCCUUCGCCGUUGUAAAACCAGCCAGCCCCUGCUGCUUAAUGUGCUGCGCGCAGCCCCACAGCCAAACUCUGCUGCGAUUUACAAGGGGCGAGCGUUUGGGAACCAGGCAGCUUGGGCUGGGAUGGGGAGAGCUGAGAGCGCAUUUGCAACUGCUCUUUAACGAGGGAUUUUUAAUGAUGAUGUGACAGUAAAAGUCCCCAAGACGGGAUGGGGGGGCGGGGGUGCCGUAGCAUGAGAUUUACAAACCCUCUUGCGCUAAGUGUUUAAAUGAUGGAAGCUCUGUUCCCAGGUGGUAAUUAGGGCAUAAAUUGUAUUUAUAACUCAUAAGCAGAAAUGUCACCAGCUUCAUGAACUGAGGCUUGAGAUAAUAAAAGGAUAUUGUCGUUCA